GCGUAAAGGGUUAACAGGAGGAGGCGCAGCAGCGGUCAGCUCCGUCUGGGUGGAGUGAAGUUUAGACAUGUACUACACCAACAAAUUAGCCCAGAGGAGAGCAGAGCAUUGUGUUUAAGUGAGGAAAAAAAACACGUAGAGAGGUGAGAAGAGAUUAAAAAAGAGAGAGAGAGAGAGAGAGAGAGGUGUGGAAGAUGAGUGAUGUGAGCGAAGAGACGCUGCUGGAUUAUUUCUCCUCCACCGGAGGCGGCUCGGGCAGGGUGAAGAACGCAGACAUGCUGAAGACAUUCAAGCCUUUCAUUGGCCACGCUGACUUGCAGUUGCGUGCUAAAUACAGAGAGGAAUUCAAGCUCAUCAUCGACCGAAUCGCUGUGGUGAAGUCAGAGAACGGCGAGAAGUAUUUAGUCCUAAAGAAGAAAUACAGGCAAAUGCUCCAUGAGCGAGAUGCCAAACAUCCUGGGACGGACGGGGACGGACAGAGACAUUCGAGCCCGGCCCGAACUCCGGCGACGGCGCAGUGGGACACGACGGACGCCUCGACUUCUUCUUCUUCUCCCCGUCAUCAGAAAGAACAACAAGAUGAGAGAGAGCCCGACGGCGCUGCAGAGGCCGUGCGGACGGUAUCGACCGUCACCGCGCCGCAGCAUCCCGUCGUCCUGAUCCAGGAACCUUUGGCUCAAAGCAACAAGGAGGAUGAUCUGGACAAAGACUCGGGCUCAAAGUCCGAGUCAGAGCAAGACGAAGAGAGUACAGGCAGUAUGGGCUCUGCUGCGGUUGCUUUGGAUCCUUUAGAGAAGGAGUGGAUCUACUCUGCUGCCGGCGCUCGGGUCCCUGACCUCUCUCAGCUGCUCAGACAGGACCCCUCGCUGGCAAACAAGAAGGACUUCACCUCAUUUACCGCUCUGCACUGGGCUGCUAAACACGGCAGCGAGGACAUGGCCGCUCUGGUGGCUGACGCCGGUGCUGACGUCAACACCAAAUCACAUGGGGGAUACACACCUUUACACAUUGCAGCGUUACACGGUCAUCGGCAUAUUCUAGACCUGCUCAUAGGGACAUAUGGCGCUAAAGAAAACUUAAGGGACUACAGCGGCCACCUCGCCUUCCAUUAUCUGAACAUCAAGGAACCAGGGGAGGGUCUAGAGGAGGACUGCGAGAUCUUGAUCCCCGUGUUUCAAGUCACUCAGGCCAGAGAGCGGAACAGGAACAGGAAGUUGGUAUCCUUGUUUCACUCCAAGAAGAAGUGGGGCUCAGCGGAGGAGCUGGCUCCGAUCGAGGAGGAGAGGACGGCGUCGCAUCAGCUCAUCCUUCCUGCGUUCAGACCCAGAAAAUUCUCCCGCUGAGUAAAAACAGAAACCAGGGACGAUUUCUGCCUGUGCGAGCUGUCCUACACUCACACACACACACACACACUCAUGAUGUAAACCUACAUGUAUAUACAAAGGAAGUGAUAGUGUAUUUAUUAUGUACACACACACACACAUACACACACACACACACACACAGGCUAUUGGCACCUACGCUUACUGACCGAUAACGCACGUUUGCAGAUGCACCUCAACGUCUCAUCCAAGUAUUAAACACAGAUGUUUCAGCAUUGACAGAUGAUCUAAAAAUAUGUCUUAUCAAUAUCCGUGCUCACCACAGAAGUAUUUCUUGACGCCUUUAAAUGUUCAUGAAUGUUGCAUAAAUGUUACGUUUGCCUUAAAGUUUCAGCUCAGGCCACGUCACCUUUGUUUGUAUUAAACUCUGCGAGAUCCCUAUGCUAUUAAUAUUCAUUUGCAGAUGACGCUAUAGGUGAUCCAGUUUGUUUGAUUUGAUUAUUUUAAAAUCAUAAUUACACUGUCAGUUAAGGGACUGUGUGAAAAUUAUUGGUGUAGGGAAGAGGGAUUAACCUAACGUUUAUUUUUUUAAAUCAAGACCAUCCACAGCGUUCUUAAUGUUUUACUUUAUUCGGACAGUGUUUGUAACUCAAAGGUGGUGUCCCCAAUUACACCUUUACCAUUACACAUGUUUGUUUUUCAUAAUUUAUCCGCAAGGGGAAAUUCAAAUUAAAUAUAAAUAAGUCAUGAGGAAAGGUUAAGACGCUCGUCUCCUCUCCUUUCCCUCCAGCAGUAAGAAGACAACACGUUACCCUCCCCCCCUUUUCUGACCUGCCCCACAAAUAAUUUCCCUACGGUCCCUAAUCACUAAAAAUGUUGAUGAUGGUUCAGGCGCGUUUUUGUUUGCUUAUCGUCGUGAAUGCAGCGUUUCCAAUGUUAGGUGAAUGCACCAGCAAAGAAUGAAGCCAAAUUAUGAGACAAUGACAUCGUUUUCGGGAUUCAACAAAUAAAAGCUCAGUAAAUCGAUAAAUUUAAUAAUUUUACUGGAAGUUAAUUUUCAAGCAGUCCUGAAAAAGUUUCACCAUGCUUUACAAAGUGUUUGAAAAAAUGUAAAUCUGAGCCACUGCUGACGCUAAACUCCUUCCCAAACACACGUGUUUCAUUAGCCACCAUCAGUACAGACUACACGUGUCGUCUCCCUGUUAAUUAGUCUCAUUUCUGGCCGUCGUACCUGCAGAUUAUAAUCUGCAGCUCCGUUACUCGACUCCUUUGAAAGCUCUCGUGUCAAAGUACUUUAAUUUGCCGGCCCCUCCCCCUAAGUUAACUAAACGUUAACUUCUGCAGAAGAAAUUUGCACUAAUGCAUCGUGAAUCAACGUCUUUGGUUUAAAGUGCUUCACUUCAUUUAACUUCUUGCAAAAGACGCUCAUUGUUACUAUUUGUUACUACGUCAAAGCUCGAGUUUUUGUUCCGUUUGUGUAAUCUAAUCUGUCUCCAUACAUCUUUUGCACAAUAUUUAUAUAAUGAAGAUAUUUUGGUAUUAAACAGUAUUUUAUAUCAAA